AAAAUGGGUUAUAUAUAUAGGGCAGCGCUACGUAAAUCAAAGCAGCGAAACCAUAUAAUGUCCAACCACCAUAUUAUUGUUUGAAUUCUCCACACCCUUAUAUCUGACCAACUCUCUUUCUCAAGGCCAGCAACUCUGUUUCUCUCCACGAAUGAAGCUCCAAUCCAUUGAGCUUCCCUUGGGGAAAAACCAGUCACUACAGAAGUCCCCAAAGAUAGUUCUACUUGUAAUAUUUACCCUAGUUUUUCUCGCAGUCGUCCCCUAUUACCCUUUGACAAGGUACCCUCCAUAUCUUCAUGAUCUCAACGAUGCUUCAAAACCACCCUCUUCAUCGUCAUCGUCAUCAUAUGAUUCUAAGGAUGACAUAUUAGUGAGCACACCGUCCAGUGACAAGUGUGACAUAUUUUCUGGAGAAUGGAUUCCGAAUCCGCAUGCUCCAUACUACCAAAACACGACGUGUUGGGCAAUACAUGAGCAUCAAAAUUGCAUGAAAUAUGGGAGACCGGAUUCUGAUUUCAUGAAGUGGAGGUGGAAACCAUCUGGGUGUGACCUACCUGUUUUCAACCCUGCACAAUUCCUAGAACUCGUCAGAGGGAAGUCAUUGGCCUUUGUUGGAGACUCUGUUGGAAGAAACCAAAUGCAAUCCUUGAUCUGCCUCCUCUCUAGGGUAGAAUAUCCUAUAAUUGUUUCACACUCACCGGAUGAAAAGUUCAUACGUUGGAAAUACACAAGCUACAACUUCACCGUGGCCGCUUUUUGGACACCCCAUUUGGUGAAAAGCAAAGCAGCAGACAGUACUGAUGGUCCAACCCACAGCGGCCUCUUCAAUGUCUACCUUGAUGAGUUUGACGAGAAAUGGACAACCCAAGUCGAAGAAUUUGACUACUUGAUCAUCUCCGCAGGCCAUUGGUUCUUCCGGCCCAUGGUAUUCUACGAAAACAGCAAAAUAGUUGGCUGCCAUUAUUGUCUCCUAGACAAUGUCACCGACCUAACAAUGUACUACGGCUACAGAAAGGCCUUUCGGACAGCCUUCAAAGCUAUUAAUAGCUUAGAGAAGUACAAGGGCAUAACAUUCCUAAGGACUUUUGCACCGUCACAUUUUGAAGGCGGGGAGUGGAACGAAGGUGGGAAUUGUGAGAGAACGAGGCCGUUUAGGAGCAAUGAGACAAAACUGGAGGGUCAAAAUUUAGAGUUGUACAUGGCCCAAGUGGAGGAAUUCAGGAAGGCAGAAAAGGAAGGGAAAAAGAGAGGUUUGAGAUAUAGGUUACUUGAUACAACAGGGGCAAUGUUAUUGAGGCCAGAUGGUCACCCUAGUAGAUAUGGGCAUAGGGCAGAUGAAAAGGUGACAUUGUACAAUGACUGUGUGCAUUGGUGCUUGCCAGGGCCCAUAGACAUUUGGAGCGACUUCCUGCUGGAGAUGCUCAAGAGGGAGGGUGUGAGGUCGCAUGAGGAGAAGCUUCAAUAUUCAAGGGACAGAAAAUUGCAAGUCAGAUAGAAUUUAUUACUCUAUGUUUCUUUAAUAUAUUUCUAGCUGUACGUUGUCAUUUAGAGUUGUGUUUUGGUGUCUCAAAUUUGUUUAAUAUUAUGCAUAUGGUGAGUGAAAA